ACGCCGGGUGUCUUCGUUGGUUGCCACAAACACCAGGUGCUAUUGUUUGUUGUAAAUUCCAGGUAUUGCUGCCAACACCUAGUGUCGUCGCUGAUGCUGUUGCGCCGGGUAUCGUCGCUAUCGUUGUCAAAACCCGGUGUCUCCGUGGGUUUCUGUUGACGCCGACUGUGUUGUCAAGAAAAGAUAAAUCCUCUUCUGUGUUUCUUUGAGAAUCAGUGACACUGGAUUGUUACACUGCCAUUGAUUUGGAAUAUAUCACUUUUCUGUAUUGCAUUGAGAAGGGGUGACCAUUGUCCUAUCAAUAUAGCAUACAAAGGAUCGGAAUAUUGAGGAAUUACAAGACUCAAAGCUUCUGUUGUGAGAAGGUCCAACAGCGGUCAUCGAUGAUGGAUUAGGGUUUGAUGGUUUGGUAUCACGCGGAUGACGUGAGCCACAACUGACUAAAUAUCCGCUUGCUCGGGACAAAGGACAGUGUCCGACUUGGCUGAAGUUAAAUGUGACCCAAACGGUCGUAAUCACAAAUAUCGUUCAUGCUCGCGCAUAGUCAUCACACUCUCGGCGACAUAUCUCGCCUGCAGAUGGAAGAGCCCUGAUCCAUGCUGACUGACCACGGCGGCUGACAAGAAAGUUGUGAGAGUAAAGACGAGAAGCCGUUAUCGACAAGUAGCGGUGUGGAUACUUUAAGCUGGUGCAUUUGCUGGGAUGCAGCAAUCAGCCUCCCCACGUGUAUCACAGGAUACAGCACUGAGUGGCUGCAACAAGCAUCAACCUACGAGAAAGAGACUUUAGACUCGAGGGAUGAAGCGAGUGACAACUGCCACGCUUUGAAGUCAAGCGAUGUGCUGCUUUAACGACCGCAGCAUAUAUUGAUGGAGGAGUAUAACAAACUUCGUAGCACAUUGUAUCACCGGCCCAGUAACGGAACCAACGCGGUGGCAGUGCGCACGGUGAUUUAAGAGAUCAUACAAUUCCCUGGGAAUAUAAGCGGUAUAUGUACACUAUACUAUGGAUUAAGUGACAGCUGUAUAUUGACGAUACCGUAUACCUUAUUUGUGUGGAACUAGUUCAGGUAUAGACUGCGUGCAUAGUUAAUAAAGAGACACUAAUAUAUACAACCUGGACUUUAAAAAGAAGAUACCUAGGUACUUGGAGUUUGGAGUUUCGUCAACCACAGACAACAGUUGGCGGUUCACAAUCAACAGCGGCAACGAACCCGGCUUACAAAAGCGUCUGUUCCAAUUGCAGAAGAACGGUGGACAAUAAAUCCAAUUUGAAAGUUGUGUUAGGGACCAUCACAAUUGUUAGAUAUCACUGCAUAGGAGAAGGCAGCUCGUUCUGCCGCAUCGAAGACCGAUUAUACUGACUGCACAGGAUAUACAAUCAACAGUAAGGAGAUGGGUAGCGCUUACAUCAUGUUUUUCACAAGACGCGUCUCAGAAAGUAACCCAGGGACUUUCUCGUUACAUACGAAGGCAUUAGAGCAGUGAUUUUAUUCUAGCAGCCUUUACACGAAAAGUCAAAGGUCUUAAUGAUCCAGAAUUGCGUCGUGGCAAAAAGACAAGUUGGAUUUCAAUACUGGUCAUUGUUAUUGGUUUCGCUCAAACACGCUGAAGCCUUGAGCUUUAUCCAGGACACGGGAUAACAUACUGUUAUAGUAGUAACAGACACACUCUCGCUACUGUUAUAUGUAUGAGAGGAGCUGUUGGGAAUACUUCAAGUUGUCGAAGGUCCUCAGUGUUGGUGUGAGCUGCUAGCUCACAGUUUGGUGUGAGUUCAAGAUCACGUUUUGGCGUGAGUUCAAGAUCACAUUUUGGCGUGAGUUGAAGAUCACAUUUUGGUGUGUGUUGCAAGAUCACUUGUUGGUGUGUGUUGCAAGAUCACUUGUUGGUGUGUGUUGCACGGUUACCUGUUGGUGUGUGUUGCAAGAGGUGUUGUAUAACGGCUCUGCAACAUGUGGGGCUCCAUGGUAAACUCCUGGAUAUCUACCGUGGUGAUGAUGAUGAUGUUCCUGUUCCAAGCAUCUGGACAGGGGCAGGAUGAUUAUUUCCCAGAACCGAGGAAAAUGUCCAACGAACAGCGGUUAAUGCGAGAACUCACGGAUGAGUACGAGACUUCAGUGAGACCUGUUUACAGCGCCGCUGACGCAGUGGACAUCGGCCUCGGUUUGACCUUGACCCAGAUCCUGGACUUGGACGAGAAAAACCAAGUUCUGACAACAAACGUGUGGCUCGAGGCGGAAUGGUACGACGAGAGACUGAACUGGAAUUCCAGUCUGUUCGGAGACAUCACCUCCAUCAGGAUCCCGUGCGAGAAGAUAUGGCUGCCAGACAUCGUGCUGUACAACAGCGUGGACGACUACACAUCCGGGUACAUGCCGAGCCUCGCUAUGGUGUAUAACGACAGCCGGGUGUUCUGGGGCCCUGUCGUAAGGUUCCGCAGCUCGUGCAAGAUCGACAUCACAUUCUUCCCCUUCGACGACCAGCUGUGUAAACUGAAGCUUGGAUCGUGGGCGUAUAACGGGUUCCAGGUUGACGUAUGGAACCGAUCCCACACAAUGGAUCUCUCCAACUUCGUCGACAACGGCGAAUGGGAGUUGAUAGGAGUCAAGGUCCAGCGCAACGUCGUGGUGUACAAUUGUUGCGAUGAACCCUUCCCGGAUGUGACGUUUUACAUCCAUCUGCGCAGGCGCAUCAAGUACUACUUCAUGAACAUCAUCAUCCCUUGCAUCAUCCUGUCGUUCCUGUGCCUGGCGGGCUUCCUGCUGCCCCCGGAGAGCGGGGAGAAGAUCACCCUUGGGCUCUCGGUCCUCCUCACCAUCACCGUCUUCAUGCUCAUGGUGGCCGACAAGAUGCCACAGACCUCGGAGUCGAUAUCAGUCAUUAGUAUCUAUCUGAUGGUUGUCCUGGCAACAAGUUGUCUGUCGGUCCUGUCCUCUGUCCUUGUCCUCGGCAUCCACCACCAGCGAGGACAGCCCAAGCACGUGCCCCACUGGCUGAAAAUCGUCAGCUUCACCGUCCUCUCCCCCGUGCUCUGCAUCAAGAAGCCAGGUCAACAAACCAGGAGGCGUCGUCAAGCCAACAAGGACAAGAAAACCUCCAAGAAGUGUCGCGUCGCCAUGGAGGACCAGGAGUUCGUCAAACUCGACGCACCGAAACCAGAUUCUAUAGAGCAGGUAGAAACGCCACCUAUGGAAGCAAGGGGAGGUCACUCUAGCGAACGUCCUGUGCCAACCGUUAUGGAAUGUGUGUCGUCAAAUAAUUAUAGUUCUGUCGUGAGACAACUCAUGAAUCUUAUCCAUAAAAAGCAUAUUGAGGAGUUGAAGGAGGACGAGAUUUUCCGAGAGUGGCGGGACGUUGCCUUUGUGCUGGAUAGGCUGUUGUUUGUAGUGUUCCUCUUCGCGACAGUCAUCUCUACUGUCUUUAUACUGGAGAUGAGACCUGACACCAAGAAAUUCGACUCCAUCUAAGACAGUGUUUGUUCUUGUUGCUAGUUCGUGUUUUGUUGCGACAUCCAAGUGUUGCCACUGGAUGUUGAGUCAUGAGAUCUAGCUGAAUCAACACGUGGGACAUUGCUAAUCGAAUCCCUCAUUCGGAGCAACUUCGGGAUUUUCCGUGAAUCUCCGGCAGGGAGAUAUAUAUAUAUAUGUAAAAUAUCACCUCGACAUAUUGUGAUAUAUAACUUCACAUUCCGUUCAUGGUUGUAUUUGAGAGAGUGUGUAUAGUCUAGUCCUGAGUGAGGCGUCGUGAGGUAGUGCUAAAUCUGUGAGACUUGGUAUGUGUUGUUCUCUUUGAACUUUCAUUUAAAUGUGGAACAAUCACUAUAUACUGUAACCCCGUUUAUAUGGACGGUAUCAUACUGAUAAAUAAAAAUUGGGAUGAGGGACCGACCAUUUGAUAAAUUUGGAAAAAAAUAGGUUCUCCAUUGUUACUGUUAAAUGCAGACGCUGGAUGUCUAGAAAAACAAAAAUAUUAUGCACACGCACACACACGCACACACAUACACACGCACGCACACACGCUACUCCAAUGAAUAUCGUUACAUGAGCCUUGUUGUCACCUUCCAUGUUAAACUGCAGCAUUUUAUUUCAGUGGGCUAGAACUAUAAAACCGACAUUAGUCCUGACUAAAACAAGUAGACACGCACACACGCACGCACUCUUAUAGUGAAAGAAUUUUGAACGCGUCGUUAAUCCAAUUGGACUUCAUCCAUCAAAUGGUCGGCCCCCCUUCAAAUCAUGAGAGCUUAGUAAUAUCUGUGCACUGUGUAAUUACGUAUGGAUGUCCCUCAAAUUACAAGGUCAAGGAGGCGGGUUUUUUCUGACUAUCGAGGUUCAGUUGUUUAACAUCUAACAUCCCUAAUAAUCAUUAUCAUAGGGUCACAGGUUUCCGGACAACAAAAACACAUUUGGUUUGUAUAUUGAUCCGUAUCUAAACAUUUACUAAACAGAACACACCAUGUUGUGUAUGUCUGAAACAAACACGGUCGCAAACCCGAACCUCAAGCGUUGAGUCCGAAUACCUAUGCCCCGCCCACAUAAUGUUACAUAUAUAUUGAUUUUGUUUUAUUUAGGUGACGGGAGUAAUCAGCUUCCAUAUUAGGAUGAGUCACGUGGUGUCGUCAUUUCCGGCACGUGUGUCAUAUGUGUGUAUGAUGGUUUUAUCUAGUAAACGAUGGAAAACGUG